CCAAACAAAGAGGGCAGGAGCAUUUCAAACAGCAGCCUCCCAAAAAGUUGGCUGCUGCAGAGCUGGGCUCUGUUGGGACCUUUGCUAAGCCAGGCCGCUGGAGGAUGCAGCAGCUGCAGCAAGCCGGUGCCUUCGCCUGGAAGGAUCCUGGCAGUCGUCUCUAGUCCCCUGUAUGAGACAGUGCCGUCUACAAUAUCAAAGGGCAGCGUCUAAGGCACUGACUGUUUCCAAGGAGUAGCCUGCACACCUGGAGUCUCUGAUUCUGCUAACUGCCACAUUACAGACCACCAAAGAUGGCAUGAAGCUCUGGGGAGGACCUGCUUGCUUCCAGGAACCUGCCAACCUUGCAUGAUGAACUUCUGCUGCUUCCUGGGACUUGCACUGAGCUCUCUGAGAUCCUGAGCAGAGCCUGCUGCUGCUCCAGAUCCUAGUGUGGCUGCUUGGCCAGAGCAGGACACAUCUGCAUUGGGCAUGAACACAAACAACCACAGAACUAUGAAUUAGAGGUGGCCCAUGCACAUAAGAGGACUUGCAUUGCUCUAAGUUUUGCAACGAGAGGAGACAACUGCCUUUUGUGCAUUACCUAAGCCACCAUUGGAAAUAAUAGCCAGAAAAUCAGCAAUUAGUGACCUAGCCAUCCUAGUCCUUUGCAUAUGCAUGAUAUUCUCUUUAUUACAACAAAAGGAGGAAUGCUUAUUGUUCACAGCUGAGAUAGUGACAGCCUUCCCUUGAAAUAAUGGGGCCUGGCUGCCACAGCCAAUUGCAGUUCCAGAUGUGUAGAUACUCAAGGAGUUUCUAACAACAGCACCUUCUAGGUGGUUCAGAAAUGUCUUUUGAGUGGAUUUAGAGUAUAUUUUCCUUCCUCCAGCAACCCAUCUACUGCUUUUCAGAGGAGGAGCAAACCUCAGCUAUCUGAUGCCUUCUCCCUGCUCUGGCCCAUCUCUCCUUCUCUCUCCAUCACUGGUACGCUGAUGGCAGCAGGGAAUUGAUGUCUGGUGUGGAACAUCAGGUAGAGCAGAGCUUGUUUCUGCCCUCUGUGCCCUUGCUGGACCAGGGAUCUUGGACAGACCUUCUGUUCUGAAGAGCGUUACCUCAUGAAAUUCCUGCUUGAGCAAGGGAGGUGUUUCUUGGCCAUCCCAAUUGCUUCCAGUCCCAGCUGAAAGCACUUCCUUCUUCUGUCGCUGUGACUUGGGAACUUGGUGUCUAACAAAGCAUUGUCACUGCUCAAAGCUUGGGAUGGUUCUCUGUGGAGCCACAGCCACUGCAGGCAGCUGGGUGACAAAAGGCUAGUAGAGUGGUAGCACAGCCUGCGAGACUUGGUGUUGCCUUUGGGGUGCAGCCAUCCCUACUCUUUGCUACCAGCCAAGUGGCUUCUGCCACUGCUUCUAGGCGUGUUGAUAAGGGCUGUGCAAGAGAAGUGCUUUCUGGCCAGCAGUACUGACCAGCUGGCAGGUAUGUAGCUGCUGACUGCAGGACGGAAGGGUGGCAGGAAGGGUGCCAAGCUGUGCCAGCACCCCGGGGAGCAAUGGGCCGCUUGGAUGACCAUGCCAAGAAGAGGAUCGUGGAGUUGCGCAAAGCCGGGCUGAGCUUUCGCAAGAUCAAGAAAGUUCUAGAGCUAGACAACAUCCGGGUGACCCCUCAGGCAGUGUACCUCUUCCUCAAGCGGAAGAACGUGGAGCCCUCCCAGGUGGCAGGAGCCGUGCUGCCCCAGCCGGCAGGUGACAAGGCGCAGCGCAAGGCAGAUGCUGGCCAGGCAGGCUGGGAGGACGAGCAGCUCUGGACCAUGCUUCAGGAAAAUGAGCCUGAGCAGAACGAGCAGGAAGCAGUGAGUCCCAAGCCCCCCACUCUGCCCAGCGGAGGUGCCACGGGCAAUGAAGGGCCCUGCCUCAGUGACAGCCGAGACAGCAAGGAAGGCAUCAAGAUUGUCAGUGUGACCUCACUCUGCAAGGAUGGUGGGCAGUUUGGGAAGCCCGUGCCCGUGGGACUGCCUUCAGGGACCCAAGUGGCCUCCGGGAACAGUGAUGACUGCUCUGUGAACCGAUCAAGUGCUCUGGGGAGCUGCCCAGCUCUCCUGCCUCCAGCUGUCCCCCAGCAGCCACUGCCCAACCGAGGGAGGCUCUUCAUGCCCCCUGCCAGGAACCCAGCCCUGAUUGUAAAGAAGAAGAUUGUGGAUAGGGCUAUUCUCCUCCAGAAAAAGGUCAACAUUCAGAACGGGCAGAGUCUGUCUGGUACCACGACUGUCCUGCCUUUCCUGGUGGGAGUGCAGCCAGCCGGCCAGCCCCUGCAGGCAAGCCCAGCUGUCCUGACCACUCCAGUGAGCCACAGUGCAAAUGUCAAAGAUGCCAGCACUCAAACUGUCCUCCCGAACACUGCAGGUCCUGGAAACCAGAACCUUGCAUGGGCGGGACCAAUGCUUCCCCCUGCUCCCAGCUCACAUGCCAUUGCUGAAAAGCUGGAUGCUGUACACACAGAGAUCCAGAAACUGAGUCAGGCGAUGCAUGCAGUCCUGGAGAGGCAAUGCCGCCUGGAGCGCCAGCAGGAGCAUCAGCAGCGACUCCAGCAGGAGGUGUUGAUGACGCUGCAGCAGCUUAGCUCCACAGUGAGCAACGGGACUGUGCCAGGAAACCAGCCCUGUGUCCCCUUCAGCAGCAUGGCUGAGCCCUCGCCCACUGUGCCAAACUUCAGCCAGUUCAAGAUGGAACUCAUCUGACCUUGUGUGCUGCCAAAGUUCAGGGCUGGAGUGAGAGUGGGGAGGGAUGCCACUGCAGAAGUAUAAAAGCCGUGAAGACGAGCAAGCUCUAAUGCUUCAGAAGCUGUGUCAGCUGCCUCAGGAUUAUGUCUGGCAUCUGGCAGAAGGAGGUCACUGCUGCAUCAUGUCUCGCUCUGCUUCAGCCUUGUCGACUAAAAGGAGCUGCCUGGCGUAAGAGACAGGGCAAAAGAAAGCUGAAGCCUCACUUCUCCCAUGCUGCCUGGUAUUGGAGUUGGCCAGUUGCUGAUGGACUUCAGCAGCUCAGACAGGCCAGCUACAAGUAGAGGUCAACUAUCAGGGACGCAGCGAGGAGGCAGGUCCCAAGGAGCAACAUGAGACUUACUCUCUUGGAGCCGGUGAUGUGACAGUCAGUCACAUGAAUGCUUUGUACCGUCUCCCUGCAGAGCCUUGUUCAGUAAAAAUCUACAUACCCCGUGGUUCAGAAAAGUGUGGGAUCUAUUUCUCCAUUUUAGCUACACAUCCCCCCAUCAGUGACCAGGCUGGAUAGAUAUGAGGCUGUUCUAGCUGCCAUCAUGUGCAAAGCUGCUUAGGGUGAUCAAGUCUAUGAAGUGAGACCACUUACCUUCCUUUGUACCUUAUGGCCAUUACUGGAGGCAUGGCAUCAGCCACCACACAGUUAGGAAUAAAUCUCACUUGUGCUGGAAAUGGAUUCUUCAGCCAAGCAGCUUCCACCCAAGUCACCCUCCCUGCUCCCAAAUUCCCAGCAAAUCUGGAGUUUGGCAAUAGCUUUUGCUCUUGCUCAGUGUUCAGUCAGAGUGCAGGCUGCAGUCAGUGUCUCACAGAACUUGGGUGUUUAAAGGGAUGUGAACUGAGUUGUAUGCUGACGUGAGUCAUGUAUUUGUCUCCCCUCAAACCUUUUCUUCUGUAGCUGAUCAGGAUUUGAUUCCCAGCAGUAAGACCUCUCACCUGUAGCAGGCUGUUGAUGGUACAGAUCUGCUCAGGCUGCUCAAGAGAGAUUUCAGGGGUAUGAUGCUGAGAACCCCUUCCUGCAUGGAUAAGAAGGGAUUGAGGGGAGCUGAUGCAUCUUCGCUGCAGCAGUUGGGGUCUGGAGUGACCAGUAACUGGACAUGCCUACCAGGGGAAAGACUGCCAGGUGAGGGGACCUCUGUUCAACAUCCAGCAGCAAAUCUCAAGAGAAGAUAAAUAUAUCUUCUGCAUCAGUCAAGGAUGGUUCUUUCUGGUCACCUCUGUGAGCAUAAACUUUUCCUAGAAGAAGCUCCAGCCUUUUUCUUUGGACUUCUUUACUGGGAAGCCAGAAUUUAGAAGUGUAAAAAUAAUUCAAGCAUUAAGAAAAUAUAUAUUAUAUAUAUUGUG